AUGGUUCUAUGUAUACAGGUGGACUUCCAGUUGAAGAAAGUGAACAUGCCUUUGCUUUUGACAGAUAUCGGCUUAACCAAAUUAUUUAAUUCCGACGUAAAAUACUCAGAAGAGAGUAAGGAGCUAAGCGGCGGGACGUGCACUCGCGCCCCUGACACACUGCCGGGCCUCACGCACCGCUACCCACACUGCUUGGACAGAUCGUCAGCGCAAUGCGACGCGAUGGGCGGGUCGAACCUUGCGAACGAGGCGAGUCCAAGCAGCUCGGAGGAGUCGUCACCGACGGAGCUGAGCUGCUACAGGAGGCUAGGCGAGCGGCCGCCGCUUAUGAGACGCCUCGCGAGAGGACUCACGCUGCUCCAGCCGUCCGACGACGACUCCACGCCGCUUGUCACCGAUACUCCCACAACACCCACGAACGUGCCGCUGUGCCUCAACGGCGGCUACAUCAACGAGGCUUCGGAGGCUGAAGCGCGGACGCGGGAGAGCAACCGCGAACACGCGACACGCGAUCUGCCCACGCACUGUGACCUCGACUUUAGGAAAUGCAACAAUGUUGCCAAUAGCAGUCCAGCGACGGGCAGCGGUGGGGCAUCAUCCUCAUCAGGCGCGUCGUCGUGCGGCGCCUCGCUUGCGUCCGGCAACAACAACGCGCGCCCCGAGCCCGAGCUGCGACACGCACCCUGGUUUCAGCAGGGCAUACCGAGAGAGAUCGCGCUAGAGGUGCUUGGCGCUCAAUCGGUGGGCGCGUUUCUGGUACGCGGCUCCACGACACAAGCGGGCUGCCUGGCGCUUUCGCUGCGCGUGCCGCGAGACUUCGCGCCCCACGGCAUCGCGCACUACCUUAUCCUACGCACACCCAAGGGGUACAAAAUCAAGGGAUUCACGAAGGAAUUCGGUUCGCUGUCGGCGCUGGUGACGCACCACAGCGUGAUGCCGGAGCUGCUGCCGGUGCCGCUGCGGCUGCCGCGCGCGCCGCGCCCGCCGCGGGCCGAUCUCGAGCCGCUCGAGCGCCUCGCGCCCGCCCGCGCCUCCCACGCCCCGCACCCGCCGCACCCGCCACACCCGCCACACCGAGCACAGCUCGACGUUUAG